UUGCUGGAUCUUUUCACGCAGUGGGAUUGGUCGACCUACCUGGCUGACUACGGUAAACCCACCUGCAAAUACCUGAGAGUGAACCCACACAGCGCACUGGCCCUGCUGGAGAAGAUGAAAGAGACGAGCAGAAAGAACAACAUGUUCGCACAGUUCAGGAAGACGGACCGAGACAGACAGAGACUCAUCGACACCGUCAUCAAGCAGCUACGCAACCUCAUCGCACAGCACCACACCUAGAGACAGCCACCUGCCUCCAAACCGCCUUCCCCUAUUCAAAACCAUCCAAAAUCUUCUUCAUCCAUCUGUUAAAACCUUAAACCGUUACCUGAUCCCUGCACCUUACCGCCACUGGUCCGCCAUGAACCACAACCAGCACCUUGUAGGUCAUCUCUAACACCCUGAACAACCAGUUUAAAUCUGCAACAAGCCGUCGGAUAACAAACUUAUUUCUUAGAGUGAUUUAAGCUGCUGUUUCUGCAUAACUGCUGGGGCUACAACUUAACAUUUUCACACAAUUUAUCCUCUUAUCAAACUACUAUCGACACUUUCUGUAAGCAGACGUCAACUUAGCGACACUACAGGCCGAUCUACUACUCCUAAUUUUUGUGUCCAAGUCUUAAAAACAAGAACAAACGGAAGCUCUCCUCUUAAAUCCUAUCCGUCUCUGUUUAUUUCACCAACAUGUCUGCAUGGAUUAUUCUGGAUUCAACACUAGUGUCUGAAACGAUGUGUGCUGUUGCCAUGUCUUCCGACUUACAAGCAAAGAGAAAGUAAAAAAAAAAA